CAAGCAAGCAAGCAUCAACACGGCCAGUAUCCAUCACACUAGCUCGCCAUCCGCUCUUAGAAUGGCGGCCUACUACAACGGCAGUAGGCCCAUGUCCUACUCCACCACCGAGGAGUCCUUCGACGGCGGCAGGACCGUAUACUCCACCACCACCGAGGAGUGCUACGACGGUGGCAAGCUCGGCCAUGGUACCGGCUACGGCCACGGUCAGAGCCAUGGCAAUGGCGGGACCAACAUGUACUCCAACAACACUGGCAUCGAGUCAAGCAUGUACGGGCAUGGCGGCGGCGGCGGUGGCACGACCGUGUACACCACCACCGCCGACGAGUGCUUCGACUCCGGCAGGCCCGGACAUGGGUACGGCCAGGGCUACGGGCAGAACGACGGUAGGGCCAUGUCGUACACCACCACCACCACCACCGAGUCCUUCGGCGGAGGCGAGCAGGGGCAGGGGUACUACAAGAAGGAGGUGACGCAACACAAAAACAGGGAGCGCAUCGGCGAGGCCGGCGCCCUCGCCGCCGGUGGCUUUGCCCUCUAUGAGGGGUAUGAGGCGAAGAAGGACCCGGCGCACGCGCGGAAGCACCAGAUCGAGGCCGGCAUUGCAGGGGCGGCGGCACUCGGCGCCGUGGGUUACGCCUACCACGAGCAUCGCGAGCAGCAGCAGCCCAGCUACGGCGGAAAGCAGGUGUACAGGAUGCCCGUCCACAACAGCUACUGCAACUAAGUAAUCAUGCAUGCAACCAACGUCGAUCUAUCCUAUACUCCAAUAAGAUCGAUGGAGAAUAUCAUGCUGCAGGCUUGCAGGUCUUUGCUUAAGCACUCUUAUAAUUUCGGCGUCCCUACAAUAAGCCAGCUGCAAGCGUGCGUGUUGCCGCUCACGUGUGCGUCUGGCAUAGUACGGCCGCCAAUAUGUACGUGUGUGAUGUGAUCUAAAAUAUAAUAAUAACAUCAUUAUUAAUAUUA